GUAUAAUAUUGUUGGAAUGGAAAUAUCUAGAGCCUUUUAAGAAGUAUUACAAGAGACGCUUAUAUAAGCCUUUGGUUAGUUGUUGUGUCCAUAAAGUCUCAAAGCGGUUGCCUGUAUUUAGGGUUUUACAGAUUUAUUCCAUUUCUAUACACAAUGAGCCGUGUACCGGAGGUGAAGUGGGCCCAAAGGCAAGACAAGGUUUUCAUUACUGUUCUGUUACCUGACUCAAAAAAUGCAAAAGUCAAUCUUGAGCCAGAGGGAGUGUUUACUUUCUCUGCUAGUGCAGGAGCAGAAAACAACCUUUAUGAGAUUAAAUUGGAACUUUUCGAUAAGGUCAAUGUGGAGGAAAGUAAAAUUAAUAUCGGAGUAAGAAGCAUAUUCUGCAUUUUGGAGAAGGCAGAGAAGGGAUGGUGGAAGAAGCUAUUACGUGGAGAUGGCAAGGCACCGCAUUAUGUCAAAGUUGAUUGGGACAAAUGGGUGGAUGAAGAUGAAGAUAAUGGUCUAGGUGAUUUGGAUCUUGGAGGGAUGGACUUUUCGAACUUUGGUGGCAUGGGCGGCAUGGGCGGCAUGGGUGGCAUGGGCGGCAUGGGCGGCAUGGGUGGCAUGGGUGAUGAUGGAAUGGGUGACAUUGAAGAUAGUGAUGAUGAAGAAGUAGCAGACCCAGGGGAGCAAGGAAUCGGCACAGCAUCCGAAGAAACAAAGCCAGACAAGGAAGGUGAAAAUUCGGAAGCUAAUAAGGAAGCUGCUUCAAGCACAUGAUGUUGUGGUAGUUGGGAAUGUCGGCUGCCAUAAUCUCUGACUUCAGCAUAAAAUUUUCAGUCUGUCUGAGGGGAUCAAUGAGUGUGUGUCUUAUUACAUGCCAGAACUCUAACUUGGAUUAGGAUGUUGUUUUUUUUUUCUUGUCACUGCAUGAUUAAGAGUGAAAACAUUAUUUAGGUCAUAUUUACAUCCUAAAAACAAUUCCAUUGUUAACAUUUCAUAUUUAAAAUUAGACUAGCUUGCUGGUUUGUGUGGA